CACACAUGGAUGGGAACAUGGCAGGCCGGCAGCCUCAGAUGUUCUUGGAGGAUGGCAGAGACAGCAGGCAGAUGUACCCUCCGCAUUACCCACCCAGGAUGGAGCCUGGCACGGUACCCUGCUGGACCUUCCCCCCUGCCCGGCCGAGAAAGAGAAGCUGGGCAGAUGGCUGCAGCGCAGGGUCUGUCCCGGUCACUAUACUGGUCAUGGUCUUGGCGCUGGUCUUCGCUGCACUGGGACUCGGCGCCUAUGAGAUCCAAAAUCUGCAGAGCCGGCUGGCAAACCUGACAAAGAAUAUGGAUGACACGGCGUCUCAAGGUCACUUCACGGCGCCUCAACGUCAAAUUGGUUUCCAAGGAGACACAGUGCCCACAUGUGUGAACAGACAAGCAGCUCAUGUAACCAUCAACACUCACACUGUGGCAAUCCACAAGACGCUACAGUGGGAGCCGGACUAUGGACGGGCGUUCACCAAAGGAGUCCAGUACCACGAAGGCGGACUCCAGGUUAACCGCACCGGCCUGUACUUCAUCUACUCCCGCGUGGAGAUUCUGGGGAAUAAGUGCCUUCAUCCCAGGGCCAGCUUCCUUCACACAGUGUUUAUGCGGAGGAAGAAGUUCUUACCCAAGACCCUCAUGGAAGGGCACAAGGAGGACUAUUGCAAGCAGGCUAGGCAUGAAGUGUGGACGUCUAACAGUUACUUAGGCGCUGUGCUGGAGCUUCAGCAACACGACCGGGUUUACGUCAAUGCAUCUCACCCAGACUUCAUUAAUCCAGCUAGCCCUUUUGGAAAUUACUUUGGACUGUAUCAGAUCGCCUGAACUUGGGCCUGACUUAACUCUCUCUGUCCACAAAUCAAAAGCACAGUUCAGUAUUUUGCUAUGUGCUAAUGUGUUUUAACAUCAGCAUGUAGAUGGGGUAGCAUGAAAGUAGCAGUC